UUUGUUGAAAUCUAGUAAAUCUGUUCACUUUUGUAAUUUUCAUCUCAUUUCAAGAGCCGUAAUAAUUUCCCUGGAGGAUCGUGAAUUAACCCUUAACUACACAAGUUAACUACUACACUGUUGCAGAUUCGGUCUUACCUUUCUUUUUCUGACACGAUUCAAAUCAAUUCGAAUCUGGAGUCUGGAGUAUCUGGAGUGUCAGCGAAAUACAUGUAGUUUGAUAUAGUUUGUUAAUUUUAAUUUUCAGUGGUGCGUUUCCUACUUUACUAUUAAUAUUAAUUACAUUAUUUAUGUAAAAUUAUUUAAAGAUUUAAACAAUACAUAACACUUAAUACUGUGAAAAAAGGAUAAUCUUUACAAUAUAUCUGUAUAACUAUGUGCUAUAACUUUGUUAGAAGUAUAGCCAUGUAUUUUGUUCAAUAUUAAACCAAGUAAUUAAUUAUAUUUCUGUUCGUUUUGUUAUUGAUUAUACGAUCUCAAAGAUCAAGAACAACAAAAUUUACUACUUGUGAAAAUUAGCAUUAUUUUAAGCUAAUUAGGGAAGCAUGAGAAGAUAUGGCUGAACACAGUAAUGAUCUUUAUGAACGACAGCUCUUUGCUGUGUUUGAGAGCUGUUUAACAAAAGGAGAGAAUGAACUUGAUGAAAACGAUUUGUUUUCCAUCUGCAAUAAAUUACAUCUCCAUGGAUUAAUUGAGGAAUUGAAAUCAUGCAUUCGCGAACAUUGUCCGGAUAAACAAACUAUAUCUUUUGAAGAAUUUCGCAACGGUUUAUUACUUUUGUUGAAAAAGUUCCAGGGAUUGAUUACUGAUAAACAGCAUAUUGUACAGCCGUGUUAUAAUUUAAGUACAUGCGAUAUAGGAAAGAGCGAGAUCUCGAACGAUGGUCAGAGUAUCUCAGAGAUUCAUCUUCAAGAUAUGAAACCUAAUAUUACAAUGGAUGAGAAUAGGUUAACACAUUUGUGGGAAAAAAUAAAAAUUUACUUAAAGAGUAACAUGGAUCCUACAGCGAUACAAUUUAUAUCACAUUGUUUAGAAAUUCCAGAACUUCCAAAACAAAUAAUAGAAUCCAUUUUCGAGAGACUUGAUCAGAAUUGCGACGGGUUGAUAAGUUUCGACGAGUUCGUAAUUAUAUUUCAGAAGAGAAAAGGUAUAGAGGCUUCGCAAACGAAUAAUACAUCUGACAACAAUAUUGUAAAUUAUGAUGUAAAUACCUUAGGUUUUACCGUAUGCAAAUCUCGUAGAAUGAACUCGAUACAGCUUAAUAGAACUUUAAAUAAGGAGGAAGGCGCUGGUGUAUCCAAUAUAACUGUAUUAUCUUCUAGUAGAGAUCUUAAUGCUUUGAAUACUAGUCUUGCAGAAGUAACAAAUAUCAUAUGCAAUGAACUCAAAAAUUUGAAUGAAACCUUUGAUAAUAAUAGUAUUCAAUCUCAUAUUACUUUAUUGCAAGAAAUGAUUGUUGCUCAUCAGGAUGAACAACGCAAUCUAAAUGCUACAAUAGAAAACAUGAAAGUAGAAAGGGAGAAGAUGCGUCUCGAUAUGUUGGAAGCUAACGAACGGGCGAAUUUACUGGCGCAGGAAAUUGAUGAAUGUCAAGUUCAAUUGGAAAAGACCAAGAGAAAUUUACAGAGACAGAAUGAACAACGUUAUGCUGAAAUUACAAAAGAAUUGUCGGAUCAGUUUAAUAUUGAACGAGAGAUGAAUGCUGUGAUACUAAAAUCAAAAGACGAUCAGUUACAGGCGUCACAGAAAGAGAAUCAUGACAUGAAGAAUAAAAUCGUAAAUAUGUUGCAGGAGAAUCAAAUGCUCGAAGCGGAAAAUAAAUCUCUUCUCAAUCAGAUUGAAAAGCUGCGGCAAUCCAAUAAUGAUUUGUUAACACAGAUAAAAGUAUUAGAUGCAGAGCAUGAUGAGAUACAGAGUAUAGAAGCGAAGCAGCAAGAGCAAGUUGAUUUUUUUGUCAAUCGUAUCAAACAGUUGCAGUCGGAAAUAAUUCUGUUGCGUGAUCAAAACGAUGAACUUAAUAUGGAAUUGGAAAAUUUAAAAUGUCACGGCAAAGAUAUGAAAUACAAAGCAUCUGUCGAAACUCCACUCGAAACUCUUAUUUCAUUAUGUGAUCGGAAUGAAAAUCAUACAUCGAUGCAAGAUUUUGAAACGGAUCAACAGGUCGUCGAUGCAAAAGUGUCAUUUAGUUUCGGAUCCCCAAUAGAUAAAGGACGACAAGCCGAUAUAUCAAAUUCUAACACAACGGAAUACAAAAGAUUUGGAGACAUAAUUAUAAAAGAUCUGGAAAAUGUAUUAUUAACAAAUACAAAAUGCAUUUCAGAGAAAUGUGCCUUGAGAGAUGGUAUAGCGAAAUUAAUUGCUAAUCUGCAAUUGAAUUUUUCACUACGUUCCUUUUCCGCGCGAGAUUUUGGUAAAAGUAUUGCGUCUGAGCUUGAAAUGGAAUGCGAAGAACGAACUAACGAAUCCUUGCGUGAUUUAGUCGUUUCGAAAAUAUCAAAGCCGAAUACUUUCGCGAAACGCAUAAUGAUGUCGAGCAGUGUGGAAGAUUUCACUAGUCAAGAUACAAAAGACAUAACGCAAAAUAAAAUGACAAGUCUUAGAGAUUAUCCACCCCGAAAAGAAGAACAUUCUGCGGAUCAGUGCAAAAAUAAUAAGGAAAAAAUGAAUUCUUCCAAUAUUACUGAAGUUGAAAACAUUCCAAAAGUUAUAACAACAAAUGUAGAAUUAUUAGAAAUUGAGAAGAAGCAAUUAAUCGAACGUUGCCAAGAACUCGAGCGUAGUUUAGACUUAUUAAAAACGGAAUACGAAGAAUGUGAGGAUUAUUGGGCUGCCAAAUUGGAAGAGGAAAGACAACUCUUUGAACAAGAACAAAAAAUAAGUGAUGACAAACUUGCCGAACUUAUUAAUAAAAUAGUAGAAUAUGAGGAAUUAAUAAGUCCUUCGGAUAAAUUAAAAAGUGGCGGCGGGCGAUUGUCUCCGAUAGAAGAGAAAUUUACUUUGGAACAACAGUACAUAGCUCUUGAGGAAGAAUUUGAGAAAUGGAGAAUAAAAACUGAAAAAGACAUUUCUCAGAAGAAUUUAGAAAUUGAAGAUUUGCGUGAAAAAUUAAGAUUGGCAGAACAGCCAAUUACAAAUGAUUCUUAUGUACAAGUGCCAGAUGAAAUUUUUUUGCCUACAAUGUCAGAUUCCUCGCACUAUAAAUCUUCCAGUACAUCUAGUAUACCGUCUACGAACGAGCCACUGAUAGAUCUAUGCACAAUUAAUCAUACUUCUUCAAUGGAAUUUCUGCUAUCCAACAAUUCCAAUGGACUAUUAAAACAAGAAGAUCAUGUAGAUGAUUAUGAUUUGUAUAGUACCAAAUGUACUGAAAUGAAAGAAACAAAAACUAUCAACAAGCAUCACAAGAUGGGAAGAAUAUAUCAAAAUAAUUCACUUAUUAGCGCUAAUACCAUGAUAGGAAUAAAAGAAAAAGAUAAGCGUGACUCGGAAUUUAAAUUUACAUGUGAUGUAACAAAAGAAAUCAGCUGCCCAUGCGCACAGAAUAAUACACAGCAACAUGUAGGUUGCGUCGAUCUAAGCGUUUUGCAAGAUUUAAAAAUGAAACUUUACGCACAAGAACGUAAAAAGCGAUAUUUGCAGCAUUAUGUUAAACAACAGCGUCAAUCCAUUGAAAAACUGUUGCAACGUAUUAUGACGCAGCAUCAGACAGAAGUAUGUGAAUUACAGUGCCUUCUUCGUAAUAGUCAAGAGAGGUUACAAAUACAAGUUCAAACAACUAUUGAUCAGGCUGAUAAAUUAGCCAGUGCUGACAUAUUAGUGAAGGAUUUGUAUAUAGAAAACGCAUAUCUAAUGGCACAUAUGAAACGCUUGCAAGAACGGUGCCUCGUCUUAAGCAGCCUCGAUGUGGGAACGACUUCAAUAUGAUAUGUUUAAAUAGCUAUUAUUAUAAAAUAAUAAAUUAAUGCGUUAUUGUAUUGUAAUGAAUAAUUGUAUAUUAUUUAUUUUGUAAUAUGAUUAUUAGCAAUGUACAAGUGUUGUCAAUGAAUUGUUACGGUGGAACUCAGGGAUGCAUAUGGUUGAGAAAUGUAUAUUGUAACACAUAUACACGAGUGCCUUCUCGAUAUUUAAUUUAUCUCUACUAAAGUAAAAGCUUUAAUCGAUAUCAUAAAAUUAGCGGCAAAUAUAUGAUCUAGGCGAGGAUGGGGGGGAGAGAGGGCAACAAUUGUAUUGGAAUAAUAUAGAAUAAGACAUACAGAGAAAAACGAUAAAGUGAAAUGUUUGUAUUACUAGAGUUAAUCUAUAAUUUUUUCAUUAAUUGGCAUUAUGUUUUCCUGUACAUAUAUGGAUGCAUAAAAGCAAUGUGUAGAUGUAAAAAAAUAUUGAAUGCAUUAAGUAUAUUUAAAAUGUGUAUAUAUAUAUAUGUGUGUGUGUGUGUGUGUGUGUGUGUGUGUGUGUGUUCAGUCAUAUAAUGUCAUAUUCUUUAUGCUGCAAUAUUUAUAACAAUGGGCACUUUAGUGGCUGUUGGAAUAAUUGUAAAUAAUAAUAAUAAAAA